UUAUCUUACCUCUACUCUCAAGUGUUGACCCGUUACAAACUCAACCUGACAAGACCUGUUCCGAACCCGGCUUGCACACCGAAUCUGACAGCUAAGAGGUGGGGGGGAGCUUGAAUGUGGGCCUACACAAUGCAUUGCACAAUACCGUCAUAAUUUCCAUAGAAGUUAACACACAGGCACUGCUACACCAACGUGGUCGUUGGCAUUUCCAAUACCCCAAUCAUUAUUCUCCUUUUACUCCAAUUAUCGUCAACCCAAUUCUCUCGUUGUUAAAAAAAUUAAAUUACAAUUUCCAGCAUAAAACAAAAAAAUAAUUCAAUUGCUAAAACAGUAUAAACUGCUCAAUCAUACAAAAGUCUUAAUUAAUUCUGUAAAAACCCAUUUCAAAACCCCCACUUUUCUGGGAUUUUUUUUAUUAAGAUUGUGCGCAAAUUUAAAUUUACGCAGAAAAGUUGCUGCACCUAACAUUCUAUUAUACUUUGAUUUUGACUAGCGGUUUAAACUCUUACCAUAUCUACUGUUUCAGGGGAUUUAUGUUUGACUGGUUCAAUUAAUUUAUUUUUUAUUUUAUUCAAUUGAAUUUUAUCGGAUGAAUUGGGUUUCUUCUUAAUUCUUUGGUUUGAAUUCUUUAAUUUUUUUAUAAUUAUUUAUUGGGUUUGCUUCUGAUUUUUGUGGGCAAUUUUAGAAUCAGAUUUUUACAAUAAUUUUUUUUUUUUUUUUUUUUUUUUUUUUUUUUUUUUUUUUGGGGUAUUAGCCUGAGAAAUUGUGUAUGAUAUAAUUUCAAUGGAGAAUAAAGGGUGUAUUAAUUUAGAAGAAAGAUAUGAUAUUGGGGAAGAAAUUAGCAUUGGUGAGGAACAUGAAAUUCGAGUUGUUGCCGAGUCUGAAACAGACAAUAAAGUCUUAAUUAAUGAUGAUGAUGUGAAGAAAGAUGAUCAUGUGCAUUAUUUGAGGCAGUCUUCACUUCCAGAAAUUCAUUCCAAUCCUCCAAAAAGAGGGUUGGAUCACAGUAUUACAGCGCCUUCAGGUGGUAUUGAAGCCCAUAAAAGUUUAUUGGUUGAUAAAGAUGACAUCAUAAUGAGCAAGUCUAAGAGUCAUCAGGACAGUAGAAGACAUGAUAUGAAAUUGGAUAGACUAUCACAGCGUGAUAAGGAAAAGCUUAUCGCAAACAUAGUUAAAAUACAAAAUGACGGAACAGUGGAGGUGGAUUUAUCUAGAAAUUCCUCUGUAACUUCUGAGCUUUUGGAGCUUCAUUCUGUUGAAAGUGCUUCUCUUCCUGCUAAUGAAAUUGCUCCUAAUCACAAUAAAUCUGUACCAAGAUUGCAAAUUGCCCUUCUUGUUGUUGGGACAAGAGGAGAUGUUCAACCAUUUCUAGCUAUGGCAAAGAGACUUCAGGAAUUUGGUCAUCGUGUUCGGUUGGCUACGCAUACUAACUUUAGAGAUUUUGUCAAAUCUGCUGGCGUUGAAUUCUAUCCCUUAGGUGGUGAUCCUCGAGUUCUGGCAGGGUAUAUGGCAAGAAAUAAGGGGCUUAUUCCCUCUGCCCCAGGAGAAAUUUCAAUUCAACGGAAGCAAUUGAAGGCUAUUAUCGAAUCACUUCUUCCUGCAUGUACAGAACCAGAUAUAGAGACUAGCGUGUCUUUUAGAGCUCAAGCAAUCAUUGCUAAUCCUCCUGCUUACGGGCAUGUGCAUGCUGCAGAAGCUCUUGGUGUACCUCUACACAUAUUCUUCACAAUGCCAUGGACGCCAACUUAUGAGUUUCCACAUCCACUGGCUCGUGUACCACAAAGCUAUGGUAACUGGUUGUCAUACAUAAUUGUUGACUUGAUGAUUUGGUGGGGCAUAAGGAGCUAUAUCAACGACUUCAGGAAAAGGAAGCUGAAACUUCCUCCUAUUGCAUACUUUAGCAUGUACCAUGGAUCUAUAUCUCAUUUGCCUACAGGAUACAUGUGGAGUCCUCAUGUCGUUCCAAAACCAAAAGAUUGGGGUCCCUUGGUUGAUGUUGUUGGUUAUUGUUUCUUAAAUCUUGGUUCUAAGUAUCAACCAAAGGGAGCAUUUGUUGAGUGGAUAAAGAAAGGGCAGAGACCCAUCUAUAUUGGAUUUGGGAGUAUGCCUCUUGAAGAUCCCAGAAAAACGACCAGUAUCAUAUUGGAAGCAUUAAAAGAUACUGGACAACGUGGAAUACUCGAUCGUGGCUGGGGAGACCUUGGUAUUUUUUCAGAAGUUCUGGAUCAUAUCUUCCUUCUUGAGAACUGCCCCCACGAUUGGCUUUUUCCUCAAUGUUCUGCUGUGGUUCAUCAUGGUGGUGCUGGAACUACGGCCACUGGACUAAGAGCUGGUUGCCCAACAACUGUAAUACCAUUUUUUGGCGAUCAGUUCUUUUGGGGUGAUAGAAUUCAUCAGAAAGGUUUGGGACCUGAACCAAUUCCUAUUGCUCAGCUCAGCACUGACGCUCUGUCAAGUGCUAUACGAUUUAUGCUCCAACCUGAGAAUAGAUACAAGCCAUGUUCAAGCAAGCUGUCUUGUAUUGAAUGGCAUAUGUUAUAUGAGGUGGAGAUGUCUUUGAUUUAAAGGCUCCCUGUGGACCUGACAUCAUGAACCUUCUAGGAUAAUUUAUAUUGCGAUGGACAUUCUGUGAACUAACUGUUCUGCCUGGAGUAGUACUUAUGAAGAAAUUAACACUGGGGAAGACAUGACAUUAGGAUAGUGGUGUAUGUAUAAAUAUGAUUUGAUAUGUAUUCUGUCUUGCAUUAAGCUACUACUGAAGUUGGACUGAAGUUUUUCUUUCUACUGUUGGAAAAAAGAAAGGUAAUAGAAUUGCUGGCUGAUAUGCAAUUAUUGGGGGUUAAUAUACAAAUGAUAAUUUUAAGUGUUAAUAUUCUGGUUUCUUGCCUAAAGUCGGUGAUACAAAUUAGCUUCACACUGUAAUG